CACCGUCUUUACCGUCAGAAUUGGGGAAUCCCCUUCAAUAGACGCGAUUGUGUGUUUAUCUACGGUGGCAACUGUAAUUUGAGUUUCAGUUCCCAUUUUAAACGGAAAUUAGAAACUUUUUUUUUAUAAGUAGUACCGGCAAACUUGUAACUCACUUAAGGAAAAUAUAUUUUCUAUUCCAAGUAAAAUUUUCUGCUUAUUCCAAUAUAUACUACAGAUAUUUUGGGAUUAUUAUUUCACCGAAGAGGAUAAAAUGCCAAAAGGAAAAAAGAAAGCGCCCUCCUGAGCAAAUUGGUGAAGUCGUCCGGCCUAGUUCUGCAUCUGCCAGCACUUCUGGACAAAUUCGAAAAAAAGAAAAAGUAGUUGAAGCUCAAAAGCGUCCUGAAAAUAUCUACGCCUCUACUUCAUCUGGAACAGCCUCAGCCCGUUAUAUACCCGAAAAAGAGGAAAAUGCUCAAGAUCCCAGUAUCACUUCGAGUGCAAUUGUUAAAUCAGUUACUCCCAGAGAAAGAACCGAAGUGACGAAAGAAAGGUCGAAAAACAUACCAGAUGUAGAAUCUCUAGCUUCUGAGUUCGAUGAUAAAGUUGAUAUCGGAACAGAUGUUUCAAACCGGAUGGUUAUUACAGAUGGACUCCCAGUCAAGCAAAAACCAGGAACACUUGGGAGACCCAUCAGACUGGUAUGUAAUUUAUUUCCUCUUAAAUUACUGCCGGAUAAUGAUGUGUAUCAUUAUGAUGUCAAAAUUGUUGAAUGCAGACGUGAUAGAUCUUCAGAGUUAAGUAUGUUAACUCCAGCUAAGGGUGUACAGAGGUAUCGAUGUCUGACUACUAAAGUCAACCGUAAAGUAAUUGCUAAAAUGCUAGAAAAAGACAAGAAUUUCUACAAAACUUACGCUGUAUACGAUGGCGAAAGCAACAUGUAUACGCCGUCUCCUUUGGCAUUAAAAUUUCCGUACACAAAAGAAGUUUCAAUUGAUGAUGAAUAUAAGAAAGAGGCGAAGAAGGGAGCCGCCUCUGAGGAAGAAAGUCCGAGAUCGAAUAGAGAUGUUUUUAAAAUACAAAUAAAACCAGUUGAAAAGAAAAACGCUCAUGGGCAGAAAUCAAAAAAUUGUGCCAUAAGUCUAUCAGUUUUGCAUGAGCUUUUCCGAAAUAGAAAGCUUAACAUUGAAGACAUCCAAGCAGCAGUGAUGGCUUUAGAGACAAUAUUUCGACAUUCACCUGCCUUGAGGUACAUACCAAUAGGACGUAAUUUCUUCCAUAAAGAUAUCAAUAAUAUAUGCCCUCUAUCUGGUGGUAUAGAAAUCUGGUUUGGAUACCAUCAAAGUCUUCGUUUGGGACAAUGGAAAAUCAUGACCAAUUUAAAUACCAGCGCCACAACGUUCUUUAGUAAACAGCCGCUAAUUGAGUUCAUGGCGAAGUCCCUUGGAGUUUCAACAGAAGAAUUAUCUCGUAGGCCUACAAUUGGAAAUCAUGAACUCCAAAAAUUGCGAAGUGAAGUGAAAAAUUUGAAAAUCGAAACAUACCACAUACCGAAUGUUGUUAAAGUGACCCAUUGUAUAAUUGACGUUUCUCACAAAAACGCUCGAGACAUAACAUUUGAAGAUGUAGCUAAAGACGGGACAAAAAGAAUUCUUUCAAUUGAUCAAUACUUUUUGGAACGCUACAAUAAGAAACUGGACUUUCCCUUCUUACCAUGUGUACAAGUGAAACCAAAAAAUAAGAAUAGAUAUUUACCGAUUGAAGUUUGUUACAUUCCGGAAGGGCAGCACUGCAGAAAGGAGCUGAGCGAUAAUGAUAAGCGGGAAAUGAUUAAAUUUACUGCUGAUAAUCCCGAAAAUAGGUUUCGCAAAAUAGUUAACAUCAGAAAUAAGUGGGCCAAUUACGAUGGAGAUGAAUAUUUAAAAAAUUUCGGCAUUGGCGUAGAACGAGAUCCUGUGCGUUUGUCUGGGCGCACUAUGCAAGCUCCAAACCUAAAUUAUGGAAAUAGAAAAAUUCAACCCAGAGAUGGAUCAUGGAACAUUAGAGAUUUGCAGUUUUAUAGACCCUCCAAUAUUAAAUCUUGGAUUUUGCUUAAUCUUGCUGAGCGGCAUUGCAGAUUUAAUGAUUUGAAAAACUUUUCCGAUCAGUUGCAAAGAAUUGGUGGAGCAGCCGGUUUAAAUCUUGGACAACCUUCUGAUAUUAAAAGCAUCGAUGGUUUUAGAUAUGAUAAUCUUCUCAGAACACUUACUGAUGCACGAAAAAAGCAAAUUCAGCUGGUUGUGGUUGUGAUACCUUUUAAAGACAAAACGAUAUACAGAAAUGUCAAGCAAAUAGCCGAAGUUGAACUCGGUCUUCAGACGCAGUGCAUCGACCAUAACAAUGCGAGAAAAUGCAAUCCUUCUCUUUUAGGCAAUUUAUGUCUAAAAAUCAAUGCUAAAACUGGUGGAAUUAACCACGUUUUAACGCAAGGAGAAAUUCCAAAGAUAAUGGCUCAGCCUGUUAUGAUAAUAGGAGCUGAUGUAUCCCACGCAGGAGUGACAGACAAAAGUGGAAUAUCAGUAGCAGCUGUUGCAGGGAGUCUAGAUAUGAUACUGUCGCGUUUUGCUGUUACAUGCAAGCUGCAGAAGAACGUUAAUGCUAAGAAGAAAUCGGUCGAGACAAUCAUCAAUUUAAAAGACAUGGUCAAGUCUUUAUUAAUUACUUUUCAUGACAAAACUCUAGGUAAGUGGCCGGAAAAGAUAAUCUUUUAUAGAGAUGGAGUGAGCGAUGGUCAUUUUUCAGAAGUUCUAGAAAAGGAAUUAACAGCUAUAAGAGAUGCAUGUAAAGAGAUAAGUAAGAGUUAUCAACCAGCGAUUACGUUUGUCGUAGUUCAAAAGAGACAUCAUGUCCGUUUCAGACCAGAAGAUCAUAGGGAUGGAGCUAGACCGGAAGGAAAUGUACCACCAGGAACAGUUGUGGAUACUGAGAUUGUGCAUCCAGUGCACCGAGAUUUCUAUCUUUGCAGUCAUUUAGGAUUGAAAGGAACAAGCAGACCAGCUCAUUAUACCGUCCUGGCAGACGACAGUGAUUUUUCAGCAGAAGAUUUUCAGAAGCUUACAUAUUAUUCGUGCAACAUAUCAUUCCGAUGUUCUAAAAGCAUAUCGAUUCCUGUGCCUGUUGCCUACGCCGAUUUAGCUGCUUAUCGUACAAGACUACGAUUGGCAACACUCUCAGACGAUGCUAAACAGAAACAGAUGGAUAGUCCGAAUAUACUAAGGGAAGCUCUCAGUGCUGUUGAACUCUCAAAACCGGUCGAACAUUCGAUGUAUUUUGUUUGAUCUCUAGUAACAAUACCUAGAAUGAAAUCUUCAGUAGUUUUGAUAAAUUUUCGUUUAUUUCAAGGAAUUGUUUUAAUAGUUAAAUUUUUUUAAAAUGCACUAGUUAAAGUAUUGCCAAUACUAAUUUUAAACAUUUGAACUAUAAAUAUAUUUUAAAUGAAUUACAGCGCUGUUGAACUUCCAAAAUCGGUCGAACAUUCAAUGUAUUUUGUUUGAUCUCUAGUAACAAUACCUAGAAUAAAAACUUCAGUAGUUUUGAUAAAUUUUCGCUUUAUUCAAGGAAUUGUUUUAAUUGUUUUGGUAAGUUUUUUUUAAUGCAUCAGUUAAAGUAUUACCAAUACUAAUUUUAAACAUUAGGACUAUAAAUAUAUUUUAAAUGAAUUACAGUGCUGUUGAACUUCCAAAAUCGGUCGAGUAGUUUUUAUAAAUUUUCGUUUAUUUCAAGGAAUUGUUUUAACAAUUUUGGUAAGUUUCUUUUAAAUGCACCAGUUAAAGUAUUUCCAAUACUAAUUUUAAACAUUUGGACUAAGAAUAUAUUUUAAAUGAAUUACUUUGUAUUCCUUAUAACUCCUGCAUUAUUUAAGGCUUCCUUUUAAUUAUUUAUAUUUAGUGACUUUCCUACUGUGAAAUUAGUAUUAAUUACAAUGUUCAAUAUAUUGAACUUCCAGAAUUGAUUGAACACAGGGUAAUUUGUAUAUUACAUGAACUUUAAUUAUUAUGCAUAAGACUUACAUUUUAAGAUAUUCUGUAUGUUUUUUAAAAAAAAUUGUUAUGUUUAGAAUAAUUAUAUUUAAAGGUUUUGGUUAAUUUAAGUGCAGUUUAUUUUUUAAGUGUUGCCAAUUAACGAAACUGGAACUUGUUGAUGGUAAAAGCUUGUUUAAGCUAUUUUUAAAAAUCUCCAGUGAAUUUUCAUUCAUUUUUUUUAUACAAAUUGCGAUCGAUACGCAUGCAUUAUGAGAAGUAUCUUUUCAAUUAUUUAAAUUUAGCACUUUUUAUAUAGCGAUACAAAUAUGCUAAUAAUUUAAGUGCAAUUUAUAUUCCGAGCUUCUAAAACUGAUUGAACAUAAGUAUUUUUCUAUACUAGAUCUUUUAAAGCAGUGAUAUAUUCACUGAUUACUUAUGGCAUUUUACAAGUUUUAAUGUCUUGUUUUAGAUAAUUAGAAAUUUAAAUCAGUGUGUAAAUGAUAUUUUAAAUCUUACUUAAGAUUUAUUUUCAUAAUGGUUGUGAAUUUAUUUAAGAAUGAUACCUAAAUAACUAUUUAAAGUUUCAUAAGUGUUUGCUAUGCUGUGAAUGCAGAAAAGUAUUUAUUGUAUCUUUGAAUAUGUGACGCUCUAAAUUUUUUGUAACUAAUCAGUAUAUUGACUGCCAAUUCAGUGAGAACUAAUAAAAGGAUUUGUGAUUAUUA